AAGGAAAAACAAAGAAUAACAUAAGGAAAAACAGAAAGAGGAAAGUUUUUGCAUCGGAGUACCGCGCAUGCGCAUUACCAACUAAAACACGCCAAAACAUCACUGAGCUUUUCAGUCGGUGAUGUUUCCGCACAAGUGUAAACGGGUGUGCGAAACAUCGCGACUUUUCAAAAUGAGGUAUUUGACAGUAUAAAUGCGCCUAUUGUGUCAGAAUACUUAUGCAUUUACAGGUGUGUGUCUCAUAAAUCGUGAAAUAUAAAGAUGGGGACAUUGGUCCCUAUACUGCAGAUUCUAGUCUGGAUGCAUGUACUAUGGUGGGGUGUACAAGGAAUGACUACCGAAUCUCCUGAAGUUAUCGGCGCCCGUCUGGUUGACGGAUCUCGUAAAUCAGAGGGAAGAGUGGAAGUUUACUACCAAGGACAAUGGGGCACCGUCUGUGAUAAUCUUUGGACCAUCAGGGAGGCCAGUGUGCUUUGUAAACAAUUGGGAUAUACUGGAGCAGAUGAGGUUGUAAUAGCCGGUCAUUUUGGACAAGGAGGUGGCGAUGUACUACUGGAUAUGGUGCAAUGUACUGGAGAUGAGGUUAACCUGUUUGAAUGCACACACAGUGCGAUUCGAACUACCGCUUGUGAACAUUCGGAAGACGUGGGCGUGGUCUGUACUUCUACAGGUUCUGUAAGACUGGGGGAUGUUACAUCAUUUGGAAAAGGCAGACUGGAAUAUCUGGAUGAGAACCAAGGCUGGGGAACUGUGUGCAACCAAACCUGGAGCCAAUCCGACAACACAGUGGCAUGUAUCCGACUGGGAUUCGAUCCUCUUAGCGUCCAUGAUGUCUUCCCUGCUUCUGGAGGAGACGACCUGCCGAUAGUGCUUGGAGGCCUUCGAUGUUUCCAACAACAUAGAUUAGAUGAAUGUGAGAGGGAUGAUGACUGGACACCUGAUAGAUGUAUGCAUGCGCAGGAUGUUGGGGUACAAUGCAAACCCCCUGUGGGCAUUAGAUGGGUGUCAGUAGAUUCCAAUUUCGCGGGUAUUCCUUCUGUAUAUUAUGGACGGUCCUGGGGAUCCUUCUGCUUGGACAAUUGGGACAUCAACGCAGCUCGUAUAUUCUGCAUCAACAGUGGUUUUCAAGAUGCAGUAUAUAUAGCUAGCACGACAGGAGGUCCAGUGAUUCCACCGAGUACGAUUUUGAACACAAUCAGCUGUACAGGAGAAGAAGAAUACUUCACCGAUUGUUCUCAGAUAGAAUGGGCCUAUCAGGGAGAAUGCAGUCAGGAGGCUAGACCAUUUGUUGUGUGUCAAGAUGGACAAAAAGCACUCAAUAUCGUCAACCCGAUUCCUGGUUACCCUGAAUACGGUCGAGUAGAGGUGACCGUCAACAGACGAUGGAAAGGUACCAUAUGUAACAGUACGUGGGACCAGGCUGCAGCUAACGUGGUCUGUCGUGAACUUGGUUUUAAUCGAGGAGCGCGAAGGUUCUUAACCAUCGGAGGAGGGGGUACCCUACAGAUAUUCGACGGCGUACACUGCACUGGAGAUGAAGACAGUUUUAGCGAUUGUCGGAGUGAGUUGGUCCCAGAAUCGCGAUCGGACUGCGAUCACACUCAAGACGCUGGCGUCGAAUGUUUUGCAAACGACGACUCAUUGAUUGACUUUGUAAGCGGUGCAGGUUCAUAUGAGGGCGUGGUGUAUUACCAAGCAGAGGGUCGACGUGCCUUGAUAUGCGAUCAGACAUGGACUGACAAGGAAGCCACUGCGGCAUGUCGUAUGCAGGGAUACGAAGGUGGUACAGCAACCAAUGUAACCGAUCUAGGACCAGAGGAUUAUACUGAUAUCUUCCAAUGGGAUAUUGUGUGUGAUGGCGAUGAGGAAAGACUAGAAGACUGUACUUUGACAAAGGGAGACACCUCGACCUCGUGCGCUCCUGAAAACGUUGCUCAAGUCAGAUGCGCACCAAAUAAAGAUUUGGACUUGCGGAUGACUGGAAGUGAGUUUUCAGAGCAAGGACGCGUGGAAACCUACAAGAACGGAGAAUGGGUCAGAUUUUUGGUGAUUCCUACCCCAUUUGUGUACAAUCCUAUCUACGACAGGCUUUGUAAAGCCAUGGGGUAUGAGGAAGUGUUGAAUUAUUACAAUGGAGUAGCGCAGAUGCCUUUCCAAGAAGGUUCACAGGAUACAGGGUACCUGUGUCAGCUUCAACCCUUAGACAGCAGCUUCCAGUGUAGUGUCCUGACUGAUACGACUGGACGUCGUUCUAAUUACGAGACAGGCAUUUUGUGCAAACCAUUUGACAUUGUGGCAUACCAUCCGAUAAGAUUGGUCGACAUUAACACAAACGAGAUCAACAACCAGUCAGGACGUGUAGAGAUCUACCAUGACGGCCAAUGGGGAAACAUUUGCGCGGAUGCAGGUUAUUCUGAACUUGUAUGUUCCGACCUUGGUUAUACGGACACGACGGAUGCUACUAGUCUUGAUACACAGACGGUUGGCGAAGGGACAAUGACCUGGUUCAGCACACAAAUCUUGUAUACUACGUGUAACACCGUAUUUGGCUGUCAACACUCAGCGUGGGGAGAUCCCCUAAUUGAUUGUAAUCCUAUGGCAGUUCGUUGUGUAAACCAGGGGCCCGUUGUUGACCCCGUUGUUGACCCCGUUACGGACCCCAUUGUGGACACCGGCGGGAGAGCUUCAUCUUUGGACGGUUUAGCAUUAUCCCUCAUCAUCGUGUUGGUCGUUGUUACAGUCGAUGUCGGAUUCGUUGAUGUCUAAAGACUACAGGAAAAUCUUUGAUCAAAAUCAGCGUCAUUCCGGUGGCUACAUGUCGUUUGCCCGAAGGUUCCUGAUUCCAAAUGUCCAUAAUUCCGGUAGUACGUUACUGCGAAGGUUAAUGAUUCCGAAAAUUAAGUAGGGUUUUUAAUUCCGAAUACAAGUAUGAAAUUUAUUUAAAAAAAAAAAAUCAUAAUUUCAUAAAUGAGUAAGGUUUCAUAAUUCCGAAAUUAAAAUAGAACCCGGUUGUAUUUUUUCCGGAAUUUAAUUCAAUUAUGAAUAGGCCCUACUACUCCAUUCCUUAAAUUACGUAUCUUUGGAAUAAUGAACCCAAUUUUAUGUUUGUAUUGAUAUAUACUACUUCGUAUCGGGAAUUGCAAACCUUUCGAAUAAUGAAACUUCAGACAAAAUGUAUGAAAUGUUCAAAUUAUGAUUCCUAUUUAAUUGUCUUAAGUUAUGAGCCCAGUGGUAUUGGGAACAUUGUGUCUAAGAAUUAUAAACCUUUGGAAAAUCAACCUUUGGGAAAAAACAAGUAACCACAUAUCGGUGUAGAGAUUUAAUUAAAAUGCACCUUCGGGAAAACCAAUAUACGGAAACGACGAUCAGUUUUCGAAUCAAUCACAUUUUGAUACACCAAUGAAGUGUAGAAUAAAGCCCCUAAAUCCAGAAAUCACGAAUAAAUCCAGCUUACGUGGUUUCAUCGAGUCUUCGCAUCAAGUCGGGCUGCAGGGUAUUCAUACAAGAUCCGGUAAAAUUAACUGCAAAUUAUCCCAUUUGUUUUCUUCUCAAAACUUCUCCUUGAGAUUGACUUAAAGAUAAUCCCUUUAAAUAUACACUAUAUACUCUUAAACAUUUCAACGAUACGGAAUGACUUUGUAAACUUAUUUUGUUUAUAAUGUGUUUAUAUCUUUAAAAGAGUUAAACGUUUAAUGCCUCUUAAAUAUGUAAAUUGGUUAAAAUAUAACGACAAAUAUUCAAUUGUUGAAGUAAUUUUUUGUAGGCCUAUCAUUUUAUUGAUUGAGUGUCUUUCGCAAUUCGUCUUUCUUGUAGUGCAAAAUGAAGUUGGUUUUUUUACCUAUAUCAUUUAUGAUUGUAUUGUAACUGACUGAUGCAUAACGAUAUAAAUGGAUGUAAUUUUAAACAAUGUGCAGGCCUUCAACAAGAGCUCUAAUUUAAUACGAAUUAAAGUUUUAUACAUCUAAAAUGUCAUCAGAGGUGUCUCCUCCUGUCCAAGAAUUCUCCGAAAAGUUGUAUGUUUUUCGUUAGUGUAUUGAGAAAGAAUGGAAUAAAAAAGCAUGAAGAGUGA